GCCAUGCCGAGGGGGCGGCCUCCCAAACCCAGCAGGGAGACUAGCAAGGCCGGCACCGAGUCAGAUGAUGUUCUGACACCGAACACAGAGAACAGUAAUUUUCCCUACCAAGUACCUAACUUCCAUAAGUGUGAGAUCUGUUUGCUGUCUUUUCCAAAGGAGACCCAGUUCCAGCGCCAUAUGAGGGAUCAUGAGCAAAAUGACAAGCCUCACCGAUGUGACCAGUGUCCGAUGUCAUUUAAUGUUGAAUUCAACUUGACACUUCAUAAAUGUACUCACAAUGGUGAAGAUCCUACAUGUCCUGUGUGCAACAAGAAAUUCUCCAGAGUAGCCAGUCUGAAAGCUCAUAUAAUGCUACAUGAGAAAGAAGAGAAUCUUAUCUGUUCAGAGUGUGGAGAUGAAUUUACUUUACAGAGUCAGCUGUCCAUACACAUGGAAGAACAUCGUCAAGAAUUGGCAGGCAAUAGGACCCACAGCUGCAAGUCUUGCAAAAAGGAAUUUGAAACUUCCUCACAGCUAAAGGAGCAUAUGAAAACGCACUAUAAAAUAAGGGUAUCAAAUACCAGGUCUUAUAACAGAAAUAUUGACAGAAGUGGGUUUACCUAUUCCUGUCCUCACUGUGGAAAAACGUUUCAGAAGCCAAGUCAGUUAACACGACAUGUUAGGAUACACACAGGCGAAAGACCUUUUAAGUGCAGUGAAUGUGGAAAAGCUUUUAACCAGAAGGGGGCAUUGCAGACCCAUAUGAUCAAGCACACUGGUGAAAAACCCCAUGCUUGUGCCUUUUGUCCUGCAGCCUUUUCUCAGAAAGGCAAUCUUCAGUCACACAUACAGAGAGUUCAUUCAGAGGUGAAGAAUGGCCCUACAUACAACUGUACAGAAUGUAGCUGUGUCUUCAAAAGCUUGGGUAGUUUAAAUACACAUAUCAGCAAGAUGCACAUGGGUGGUCCACAGAAUUCUGCAAGCUCUUCAGCAGAUGUAUCUCAUGUUACAGCGGAGUCUGUCACCCAGCCUUUAACAACAUCCCCUGCUAAUCUUUUGCAGCCUGUUGAUAACAAAUGGAAGAAUGCCACGCAUUUUCGGUCUCCACUUCUUCAACAGACAGAAAACCAAGUGUCUUCAGCUACUGCGCAUCAAGGUCAGCAGGCUGUAACUGAUGUCAUCCAGCAGCUCCUAGAGUUAUCAGAACCAGGUCCUGUGGAAAAUAACCAGCCUCAACAACCUGGUCAACAACUCAACAUUGCGGUGGGAAUCAAUAGAGAUAUUUUGCAGCAAGCUUUAGAGAACAGUGGGUUGUCUUCAAUUCCCGUCUCUGCACAUGCCACUGACUGCAGCCAGGCUAAGACUCCUGGGGCCCAGGAUCAGAACCCAGACGUCCAGACUCUCUCAAAUCAUCAGGCUGACCCUAAUGCAGAACAAGAUAAGGAGCAAGAGAGUACCGAUAAACUGGAUAAAAAAGAAAAAAAGGUUAUUAAGAAAAAAUCACCGUUUUUACCUGGUUCUAUACGUGAAGAAAAUGGAAUAAGGUGGCAUGUUUGUCCAUAUUGCUCUAAAGAAUUUAAAAAACCAAGUGAUCUAGUGCGCCACAUUCGCAUUCAUACUCAUGAGAAGCCGUUCAAGUGUCCCCAGUGUUUCCGCGCCUUUGCCGUUAAGAGUACUCUUACAGCACACAUAAAAACACAUACUGGCAUUAAAGCUUUCAAGUGCCAAUUUUGUAUGAAAUGCUUUUCCACCUCAGGGAGUUUAAAAGUUCACAUUCGUCUACAUACAGGUGUUAGGCCUUUUGCUUGUCCUCAUUGUGACAAAAAGUUUAGAACAUCAGGCCACCGGAAAACUCAUAUUGCUUCACAUUUUAAACAUACUGAACUAAGAAAGCUGCGACAUCAACGUAAACCUGCAAAAGUUCGAGUAGGAAAGACGAGUGUUCCAGUACCAGACAUUCCUCUGCAAGAGCCCAUACUCAUAACUGAUUUAGGUCUUAUCCAGCCAAUCCCAAGGAACAGCCAGUUCUUCCAAAAUUAUUUUAACAAUAAUUUUGUGAAUGAUGCAGACAGACCAUACAAAUGUUUUUAUUGCCAUCGAGCCUAUAAAAAAUCUUGUCAUCUUAAACAGCACAUCAGGUCACAUACUGGUGAAAAGCCAUUUAAGUGCUCUCAGUGUGGAAGAGGUUUUGUGUCAGCUGGAGUUCUGAAAGCACAUAUUAGAACACACACUGGAUUGAAAGCUUUUAAGUGUCUUAUAUGCAACGGGGCCUUCACUACUGGUGGUAGCCUCAGGCGACAUAUGGGGAUCCAUAACGACCUUCGACCGUAUAUGUGUCCGUAUUGUCAAAAAACAUUCAAAACAUCACUAAACUGUAAAAAACACAUGAAGACUCAUAGAUACGAACUUGCACAGCAACUUCAGCAGCAUCAGCAGUCGGCUUCCAUAGAUGAUUCUACCGUAGAUCAGCAGAGCAUUCAUGUUUCUACACAGAUGCAAGUGGAGAUUGAAAGUGAUGAAUUACAGCAGUCAGAAGCUGUUACAACAGAUCAGCAGGCUAUUUUAGAGUUAGACCAGCAGCCAGUAGUAGGCACAGAAGCAACAGCAUUAGAACAACAAUUGGCUGAUCAGCCUUUAGAGCAAGAUGAGGAUAGAUUUGUGACAUCCCAGCAUGCUUUGCAGGAAAACAUCACUCAGUUUGAACAACAGGCUAUAACACAGCAGCCAUUUGAUCAACAGGGCUUAUCACAAGGUUUUACAGUGAAUGACAGCUACAAUCAACAGACUCAAUUUCCAGCUGUACAGCAGCUGCAGGAUUCAAGCACACUUGAAUCUCAGGCUCUUUCAACGAGUUACCAUCCACCAGCCCUUCUUCAGGUUCCAAAUACAGAUGCUAUUAACGUAACUACUCGCUUGAUACAAGAUCAGUCAUCACAAGAAGAACUUGAAUUGCACACCCAACGGCCUCAUUUUCUUGAGGAUAAUGAAGAUCAAAGCAGGCGUUCAUAUAGAUGUGAAUAUUGCAACAAGGGUUUUAAGAAAUCCAGCCAUUUGAAACAACACGUACGAUCACAUACUGGUGAGAAACCUUAUAAAUGCCAACUCUGUGGCCGUGGCUUUGUUUCCUCAGGAGUUCUUAAAUCACAUGAGAAGACUCAUACAGGAGUUAAAGCAUUCAGCUGUAGCAUUUGCAAUACCUCCUUCACAACUAAUGGCAGCCUUAGGAGGCACAUGGCAACUCACAUGAGCAUGAAGCCUUACAAGUGCCCAUUCUGUGAUGAAAGCUUUCGAACAACUGUUCACUGCAAAAAACAUAUGAAAAAACAUCAGGCAGUCUCCUCAGCUGUAGCAGCAGCUACAGAAACAGGAGGGGGAGUUGCAUGUGUUGAAGAUGAUGAUGAAAACUCUGAAAGAACUUCCAGAAAAUCUCGUCCUGGUGUCAUAACUUUUACAGAAGAAGAAACAGCAGAACUGGCAAAGAUUAGGCCUCGAGAAAGUGCCACUGUCUCAGAAAAAGUUCUUGUCCAAUCUGCUGCAGAGAAGGACAGAAUUAGUGAGAUCAAAGAUAAACAAGCAGAACUGGAGUCAGAGCCCAAAUAUGCCAAUUGUUGUAGUUAUUGCCCCAAAAGCUUUAAAAAACCCAGUGAUUUAGUCAGACAUGUUCGUAUCCAUACUGGAGAGAAGCCGUAUAAGUGUGAUGAAUGUGGAAAGAGUUUCACUGUAAAAUCCACUCUGGAUUGUCAUGUUAAAACACACACAGGCCAGAAGCUUUUCAGUUGUCAUGUAUGCAGUAAUUCUUUUUCUACAAAAGGGAGUCUAAAAGUCCACAUGCGUCUGCAUACAGGAGCAAAGCCCUUUAAAUGUCCGCACUGUGAUUUACGGUUUCGUACUUCAGGGCGCAGAAAAACCCACAUACAGUGUCAUUAUAAACCAGAGACAAAGAAAGCUAGGAAGCCUGUCGCCCGUACUUCAACUGAGGGACUGCAACCAGUCAGUCUUCUUAAUUCAUCCUCAACAGACCCAAAUGUUUUCAUCAUGAAUAACUCUGUUUUGACGAGUCAGUUUGAUCAAAAUUUACUUCAGCAAGGACUUGUGGGCCAGGCUAUCCUGCCUGCUUCAGUGUCAGCUGGAGGUGACUUAACUGUGUCCUUGACAGAUGGUAGCUUGGCCACUCUUGAAGGAAUACAGUUACAACUUGCUGCUAAUCUGGUUGGACAAAAUGUUCAAAUUUCUGGAAUAGAUGCCACCGGUAUUAACAACAUAACAUUACAGAUCGAUCCAAGUAUUCUACAGCAGACAUUACAGCAGAGUAAUUUACUUGCUCAGCAGCUAACUGGAGAUCCCAAUAUGGCUCCACAGAAUACCUCCCUCCAGGCAACAGAAAAUGCAGUGCCAGCUAAUGUGGUUAUUCAGCCUAUAUCAGGCCUAUCUUUGCAGCCCACAGUAACGUCUUCUGCUAACAUGGCAAUAGGAUCCCUAUCUGAGCAAGAGUCUGUGCUGACAACCAGUGCUAGUGGUGCACAGGACAUCUCUCAAGUCAUGACUUCACAGGGUAUGGUAUCAUCUUCAAAUGGACAACAUGAGAUAACAUUGACCAUAAAUAAUUCCAGUUUGAGUCAAGUUCUAGCUCAUGCUUCGGGGUCUACUAGUGCAAGCUCAUCAGGAAGUCCUCAAGAAAUCACUCUUACAAUAUCUGGCCAAGAUCUUAUUCAGCAUAAUUCUGGAAGCAGUGAUCUGAAUAGCGGCUUAAGGCUGACAGCGCCAACCAUCAACAGUCAGACUACAGGUGCUACGUUAACUAUAAGCAACGACCAGCUUCUUUCUCAGGGCACUUCGCUAAAUGCUCCAGAACUUAAUACAACAGGUGGAACAAACCUUCCUUCAUCAACACCCAUAUCUCAGUCUACAGUUUCUGCCCAGAAUUUGGUUAUGUCUUCAUCAGGAGUUGGAGGAGAUGGUAGUGUCACCUUGACUCUUGCUGACACUCAGGGAAUGUUGUCAGGUGGUCUUGAUGCAGUUACACUUAAUAUCACUUCACAGGGUCAGCAGUUCCCUGCUAUACUCACAGAUUCCAGUCUCGCUAGCCAAAGUGGGUCAGGCUCACAGCAAGUCAUACUGCUAAAGGAAAUUAUUUAAUCAAAACACUGGAAUGAUUCCUCUAUAUCCUGAAGCAGGAAGGCUGAUGUCAUUCCCAAACCAGAGUAUGAGGAAGAGGUUCAUUGUGACUCCCUAGUUACUCAGAUUCUGUUUUAAGUUAAAAACACUUUCUUAUAUAAAAAAAAAGGCAAUUAAUAAUGUGUUUCUUUCUACAAAUUACAUAAUCAUGCUCUCAACACAGACUGCUCCAAAAAUUACCAAGCAAGUUUAUAAUUAGAUAAUAAAAAUAGACAAAGUUGGGAGCUGUGGGAAAAAAUAGCACCUAUCACUACACCUUUUCCAUUCUGUUUUUGUAACCAAAUUUCUGUAAAGAUGGAGCAACAUAAAGUCUUUUCAACUUAUAUAUUUGAAUUUCAGUAGAAACUUUUACAUAUGUAAUAUAGUAUUAAUAUUAGAAAAAGUAGUUCAGACCUCUCUUGUUGAAGGCAAAAUGAAUGUUUUCAACCAACCUGGUAAUGUAAGCUCUAAAAUAGGAAAAAUGGGAGAGGCAGAUGGUGACCGCACAAUCAAGGGAAGAAGUGGUGGACUGGAUUAGCAAACAAAGAGCAAGAUGUGGGCAAGUUGUGGCUGGUAUGAGCGGGAGAAACCUCAAAAAUAAUAAGACCUGAAGAGAGGGGGGCCUAUCUCAAGUGUGUGUGUAUGAAUGAAGGUGCUGAGAUCACAACGUAAUAGAGGAAACCUCAACGCUGUUCUUGGAAAAAUUGUCUCAACUGAGUGUCUCUCUGAAGUGCCUGUACACUGAUGCAUGCAGCAUGGGAAACACACAGGAGGAGUCAGAGUUCUACAUGCAGUUGCAGGGCUGUUAUCUCAUUGGAAUCAGAGAGAGAAGGUGAUGCAGCUCACACAACUGAAGUACUGCCAUGGCUGAAUUCAGGAUCUUCAGGAAGGACAGACUGGCAAGACAGCAGCAGGAAUGCAUGGAGCUCUGCCUGGAUGGUGAGCCAGCUGAGACCUUAUGGAUUAGGAUUGGCAAGCAGAACAGCGUGGCUGACACUGUUGUGAGUACUAGCCAUCUGCUACAGAUCGCCUGAUUAGGAAGAAAUAGAAGAUGAGGCUUUCAUCUUGGUCUUGGGCAAUCUGCCGUAGCUGACCCUUCUUGAGUAGAGGAGUUGAACUAGGUGAUCUCAAGAGGACCUUUCCAACUUAAACAAACCUGUGAUUUGCAUUCCCUGGUCCACGUGGGUUUACUUCAGCCUGCUUAAGAUCUGCUGGAAGGGCAACAAGCAGGGCACAAGGAGUUCAGGAAAUUUCUGGAGUGCAUUGAUGAUAACUUCCUGAUACAGAUGGCUGAGAAGCCAGCAAGCGGAGGUGGUGUUUGCAAUUAUCAGCCCCAGAACAAGGAAGAACUGAUUUCGAAUGUGAAGGACGGGGACGUCCUUUGUUGCGGAGACCGUGAGAUGGUGGAGCUCAGGAUCCUGAGGGAAGGAAAUAAAGCAAAUAGCAGGAUCACAACCCUGGGUACCAGGAGAGCAGGCUUUGGUCUGUUCAGGGGUCUGCUUGGACUAAUCAUAUGAUAAGCAGACCUGGAGAGAACGAGGAGCAGGAGAGCUGGUUGAUUUUAAAUAUUGUCCUCCUCCAAGCUCAAGAAUCAAUCCCAAAGUUACAGGGGGCAGCGUGGAGGAACAAAAAGCUCCUGAAAAAACUCAGGUUUAAAAAAGAAGCAAGCAUACCUUGAAAGAGUACAGAGACACCAUUCAAGGAGGCAGGGGAGAAGUUCUAUCAACUUUUCAUUGUAUUUCAGUACUUCUGGAACUUUGUAUUGGUAGCUCAGAGCUUUACUUCCUUAUGAAAAUAGAGUCCCCAAUGAAGAAAUUAAACAAAUAGAAAAUAUUCUUCUUCUCUGUAAAAUCAGAGAUACUUUUUUUUGUCUGAAAUGUUUUUGGCUUUGAAUUUUAUUCAGUGGGAAAUGUGAGAAUCAUGCAAGAUGCUCAGGAAUAUAAAACUGAAUAUAGGAACAUAUUGAUAUAAACACAUUAUAGUGCAUAAAUGAAUUUGAUUAUAAUUAUUAUAACCUUUCUGUUUUUCUAAAAUACAUAUAUUUGUCAUUCUUAAGAGCAACGACAUACAAGUUCAUAUUUAGUUCCUGCCUUCCAGUUGAGGGCAGCAAUGUUGGGAGGAACAGGCAGACACAGUCCAUAAAUGCAUGGCUCCGUGGCUGGUGUGAAUGCCACAACUUUGGGUUCUUUGACAAUGGGAUGGCCUACACGGCACCAGGCCUGAUGAACCCUGAUGGGAUUCAUCUCUCUCAAAGGGGGAAGAGGAUAUUUGCCCAGGAACUAGCAGGGCUCAUCAACAGAGCUUUAAACUAGGCUUGAAGGGGGUGGGGGACAACAUCAGGCUUGCCAGCAACAUGUUGUGGGAUGAUGUGCCCAGGUUGGAGGGACAGGGCGCUGGUGAGGGCCCUCAGCGUACUACUCCGAGACGUGCUGGACACACUACAGCACUCUCAAAGCCUAGAGGAGAUGAGCCAGGGGCUCCGGAUGCAACAGGAACCAAAGGGGAAACACUGGGAAGAUACAUCAAAAGAAUUCCAGCCACCCCAGCCAGUAAGUCAGCCUCAACAGGGGCACAACUGAAAUGCCUCUACGCAAAUGCACGGAGCAUGGGGAAUAAACAAGAGGAGCUGCAGAUGUGUGUGUGCCUGCAAGGCUAUGACCUUAUUGGCAUCACAGAGACGUGGUGGGAUAGCUCCUAUGACUGGAGUGUAGGGAUGGAAGGGUACAGGCUCUUUAGGAAGGAGUGGCAGGGCA